AUGCCCAAGAACAAGGGAAAAGGUGGUAAAAAUCGACGUCGUGGAAAGAACGAGAAUGACAAUGAGAAGCGCGAACUGACCUUCAAAGAAGAAGGCCAAGAAUACGCCCAAGUUAUAAAAAUGCUCGGCAACGGCCGUCUCGAAGCCCUCUGCUUCGACGGCGAAAAGCGCCUCGCACAUAUCCGCGGCAAGCUCCGAAAAAAGGUCUGGAUCAACCAGGGCGACAUAAUACUUCUAUCCCUCCGAGACUACCAAGACGAGAAGGGGGAUGUCAUACUCAAGUACAGUGCGGAUGAGGCGAGAAGUCUGAAGGCAUAUGGGGAGCUGCCGGAGACGGCCAAGAUUAACGAAACGGAUACGUAUGGUCAUGAGGGUGUGGAUGACAAUGUUGAGUUCGACGAAGAUCGGGACAACAGCAGUGAUGAAAAGGAUAUUGAUGUUGAUGAGAUAUGA